AUGGGUUGCUGCGGGUCCAAAUCGGAGACGGCAUCCGCGGCCAUCGGCGCUGGGAACACCAAAGUCCACGUGGGGCCGCUGGAGAUCGAUUCCUCGGGUGUGGUGGUGAAGCCCAAGUUCAACCUGGGUAUCGCCGGAGGCUCCAUCUAUGCCCUGGCUGGGGUGAGGGAUGUUCGCGACGGUAUUGCUGCAGAGACCUUGGCCAUGUAUGUGAAGUCUUACGCCUCUUCUGGCAAGACCCUGGUGGAGUUUCUGAGGCAGAUCAAGGCGCAGGAGCCCCUGCCAGUGCUGGACGACAUCAUCGCGUCGUUGCCGCAGAUCGCUUCGCAGGUGGUGGAGACAGCAGGAGCAGACAUCCAGAAGGAGGAUGUGCUGGGGGUGGAGGGGGUGGUCUACAUUUACGUGGGUGCCGGGGUGACUGCUGGGGUCUACCUGGGCUGGGUGGACACAUCUGGGUACCGCAUGAUUGGCGCAGAGGGCACCAUAGCCACCGGCGCCGGCUUGGGCGUGACGUUAAGGGCCGGCAUGAACGAGGACAAGAUGGCGGUGAGGGUGGUGGCGUACCUCAGCAAUGUGGGCUUCGACAUCAUCGUGAAAUAUCCCCAGCCCCAGGGCAAGUGA